AUUUUGUCAACUGUCAGAGCGAGCGCCAGAAACAUCUAAAUUCUCAAAAUUACAAUUUUUUGUUAAUAAUUUAUUAGUACCUAUGUAAAUCAACUAAUUUUAGUACCGACUUAAUAGUAUUAUUAACCCUUGAGUAUCCUCACUUACUGUUCAAGUCCAAUCUCUGCUGUGGGUUAUUUAUUAUGAGUUCUCCGACGACUCGAAACGCAUCGCCCAAUUUUAAGGAUUUGAAAUCUAAGUCGAAACAUUCUCCUAUUGAAAUUAAAGAAAAAAUGAGGAAGAAUUACAAAAAUAAAGUGAAGAACUGUCGUGAAUUAUUAUUAAAUCGAAUACGAGGUACAGAGGCACAAACAGACCUCCGAGAUACCUUAUGUGAUAUUUACAAAAGUAUGUUCAGUUUUACCAAUGAAGAAACUACUGAUGAUGAGGAAAUACAAAUACUAAAUGAAAUAAAGAACGAACUUGUACAAGAAGAGUUGGAAUGGCUCCUGGAUGAGUAUGACAAAUCACAUAAUGAUAAUAUAGAUUUAUCUGCAGAAGAGAAUAAUUUAAUUUGUCCCAUUUGCCAGAAAAUCAACUGCCAAUUACAAAAUAAUUUCUUAUCUUGUUCAAAGUGUAAUUUUUCUAUAAAAACACAGAUGUCAUGUAAAGAAAUCAAACACCAUAUUUUUGAUUUACUUGAAAAACAUUCCUCAUUAUGUGAAAAAUAUGGUAAUUUCAAUGUGGUUUCUGAACUGGAUGAACUUCACAUUUAUCUUACAUGUGAUACCUGUAUGGAGAUGUUAAUAGUUGUCUAAAAAUCAUACUUUUUUAUUGAUAUAUUUCAAUUUCAGGUUAAAUCUGUAAUUUUGACUAAUAUCUUUAUAACAAGCCCUUUAUCUUAAAAUACUAUAAUUCAUAUUUGUUUUUAUAAUAUUUAUACUUUCCUGUUGUACUUAAGUUGUUCAUUUAUUACAUUUCAUUAAAACUACAUGUUUUUACUGGUAAUCAAUGUAUCCAUACUUUGAUCAAUGUUAUUCCAUAGGGUUGGAGUGAUUUUAACAGAUUGCCUGCAGUAUGAUGCAUACUCAGUGAGUAUCAAGACAUACACUUUGUGUGUGAUAGAAAUUGCAGUUACUCACCUCUGUCAAAUGUGAGUCAGGCUGAGUUGAAUAUUCUUCAACCCCCAAAAAUGAGCCCUUAUUUUUAGUGUGUGUGCAUAUGUAGCUACUUAAACAAAUACAAAAUUUUAAUGUAUGUCUGAGUAUGACGGAGUCUAGUUACAUAUGUUCCACUAUAAUUCUUAUUGUUUAAAAACAAUAUAUAACUGUUAAUGACAGUGCGAUCCCUGGCAGUUCCAAAGAACGAGCAAAUCACAAAUAAAAGCUCUUGAGAUGACACAUCGGUAAACAAAUUUCAUACAAGACAUUUUUGUUUAUUUGAUUUGACCAUGCAACCUGACCACACGAGGCUAAGUGUAUUUUUUUAUGUCAAUGAAAGCUUCACUCAUUGAAAAAUUUAAUAAAUACUCUAUUGUUACCGAAUAAUGUAGCUCCAUAAUUACUGGUAAACAAAUUUUUGGAGAACAUUACUACACAAAGUUGUAUAUGUACAUAAAUAUUAGUGUAGAUAAACCUUUAAAAUGGGAAAUAGGAACAUAUUUAUUCUGCUAGAUACUUUUAUCUAUGGGGUAUGAAAUAAAAGCCUGAUUUACAAAAUAAAAAA